UUUAGCCAGCCAGGGCUGUCGUAGUCGGUCUGGGUCUCGGUGUCGUUGUCGGUGUCGAUGUUGAUUUCGAUAUCGGUAGUUGGUACUCGUUACUCGGUUUCGAUGUUGGUCAUUUGGGGGGUCUUUUGAGAUAGAGCUGUCCAUUCAUUCAUUUAUCCACUGGCAGCGGAACUGUCUUGAUCGCCCUUAGCCACCGAACGUAACGUCGCUCGCCGCCGGCCGUAUAUAGAUAGUAGUAGUUGAUGUUUUCUUUGUUUGUCAGCUUUGAACUGUCAUCUCGGUCAUCUGUGUCUUUUUUUUAUUUCAAAGAUACUCGUAGAGUGUUGCUUAAAUUUUCAGCAAACCAAAAGCUGGAUAGUAUGUCAAAUUUGAAUAAAUCCAAAAGUUCGUUAAUGUGCAAAGUUUCAAAAAAGUUGUUAUGAAAAUAUUUGAAAUUCAAUAGAAAUAGUUUAAACAGUGAUUUGAAUUGAAUUAUUAGUCAAAUUUAACCACUUAAGUGAUAUUUGUCUAAUUUGUUUGCAGAGUUUUUAGACGCAAGUGGUUUUUGUGAUACAACAGACAUUUCGCACUCCCUUUUUCAAUUCAACAAACCGUUAAAAAUUGUUGUUAUUGAAAAUAAAAAGUUUAAAAUAUAUAUUUUUGUUUAAUUUUGUAAAAGAAAAAAAUUACAAACAAAAUGUUUUCUUCAUAUUUUGGAUUCCUGUUCAAGGCUAUUUUUGUGAUACUUUGUUAUGAUCUCAAAUACACGGGUGCUCAGGAUUUUUCGUAUGAUGGUACAAUGGGGCCAGAACAUUGGGGCGAACAAUACAAUGGCUGCAGUGGAAAAUAUCAAAGCCCAAUUAACAUAGAUCUCUUGAAUGUCAUAGAACAUGAAUUCGGUGAUCUUGUCUUAGAACGUUUUGAUGAGUUACCUAUAAGUGGUGAUCUAUUAAACAAUGGACACACAGUUAUUGUUCAUUUGAACUAUGAAGACGAAGAACCAACAAUAAGUGGUGGACCUUUAAAUGGAACUUUUCGUUUUGCCCAAUUGCAUUUUCAUUGGGGCGACAAUGACACAUACGGGAGUGAAGAUCGAAUAAAUAAUCAAAGUUUCCCAGCUGAACUGCAUAUGGUAUUCUAUAAUACACUAUAUGGAAGUUUUGAAGAUGCUGUGGGACAUAGUGAAGGAAUUGCAGUGAUGGCCUUUUUCUAUGUACUUGAAAGGGAAAAUCCCUACUACGCAGAUUUAUCAUAUCUUCUUAGCUCGUUACAAGAACCAGAUCACCACGUGCCAUACAUAAAUGCACCAUCACUCGAAAAUCUGGGAGGUUCUAAUUACAAAAAAUAUUUCACUUAUAUUGGCUCGUUAACAACACCGCCAUGCAGUGAAGAGGUCCUUUGGAUUGAUUUUGAGGAGCCAGUCAUGAUUUCUCGAUCACAGAUAGAAAAUUUUCGUAAGCUUUACACUCAUGAUGGAACAAGGAUCACCCAUAAUAAUCGACCAAUUCAACCGCUUAAUGGACGAGAUGUUAUGAAAAGCUAUAAAUCAGGUAAACCACGAGUUGCAUCUGCACCAAUUCCAGUCAUGCCAGCCGGUGGAUAUAAGAAAAAAAACAAAAAAGGCCCUACUUUGGAUGAUGUAGAUAAAGGACAUAGUAUACCGUUUCAUGCCAAAAGGAGGAGAAACCUUAGUCCAAAAACAACAAGUAAAAGCUUAAGUUCCUGGGCCUUGAUAGUUGCUGUCUAUUUUACUAUUUCUCACUAAUUAUUCAUUAAUUAAAAUUUGUAUUUUUUUUUUAAAUGUAUGAGCCCUUUUUUUAACUUAAUUUUAUUUAAGUAUAUUCUUUUUAAAUUAAUGAAAGUUUGUUGUCAUUAACUUUUCCUAGAUGUUUUAUUUUUAAUAAAGACUUCCUUUUUUAUCGUU